UGUCGUUUUACUAUUCCCCACCGACCAAUGAGAGUCGAGGCUCGACAGAGAAAGGCACACGAAUGUGAUUUUAGUAAAGACACGUUGGGUUCUCACGGAAUCCCUUUACGCACAUAGCUCGCCAGGUUUUUCUUCACACCGAUCCACUCUUCCCCUCCUUUUUUUAUCGACUCCCCUUAUGCCGUCCCCACCCUAGAUUCCCGUGCAAUUUUCCCCAAUCCCAAACACUUAAUUGAGCAAUUGGGAUUCCUCACGUGUGGGCUGAUUUGUAGCUUGAACACGUGGCUCAUUCAAAAAAAAAAAAAAAAAAAAGCCGGAAUAACGGAGGAUUUUUUUUCCACCCCCCCCUCUUCUUCCUCUUCUCAUUCUAGGUUCUAGACUCAGAGGCGGGCGCCAACCUCACCGUGUGUGACAUUCUCUGUCUCUUUGCCAAAGGGGGGUUCGGAGGAAGACGCAAAGUAGUUUCUCCUCCUUUUUUUUCCCCCUUCUUCUUUUUCUUCUUCUCCUCCUCCACCCAGCGCGCCAUCGUUUGGAGACACGGGAUUAAUAAUUGAGCGUUUAUUUAUUGCGCGAUAGAGACAAACGGGGGCGAGGGAGAGCGAACGCGCACUGCCAGUUCAAAUCUAUCGGUGGCUUUGGAACGACGGGGGGAAGCACGCCACAGCCGCUCCGUAGUAGUAGUAGUAAAGGCGAUUUCUUUUUAUUUAUUUUUUUUCUUUUCUAUUUUUUUUUAUUUUUACGGCUACUCCAAACACUGCACAUCCGCGAGAGCAACUAACUAUCUCACCCACUCCCUCAGCGUGAAAGAUUGUCCCCCCCCCCCUCUUUGAACCACGGCGCAGAACAUGAAUAAGCUAUACAUUGGCAACGUGAGCGCCGAGGCGAGCGAAGAGGACUUCGAAACUAUCUUUGAGCAGUGGAAGAUCCCGCACAGUGGUCCGUUUCUUGUCAAAACUGGCUAUGCGUUUGUGGAUUGCCCGGACGAGAAGGCUGCCAUGAAGGCCAUUGAUGUUCUUUCAGGUAAAGUUGAACUUCAUGGGAAACUUCUCGAAGUGGAGCACUCUGUCCCUAAACGUCAACGGAGCUGUAAGCUGCAGAUCAGGAACAUCCCGCCUCACAUGCAGUGGGAGGUUUUGGAUGGUAUGCUGGCUCAGUAUGGUGGUGUAGAGAGCUGUGAACAAGUAAACACUGACACAGAGACUGCAGUAGUCAACGUUCGAUAUGCAGCCAAGGACCAGGCCCGGCUGGCGAUGGAGAAGCUGAACGGAUCUAUGAUGGAGAACUACGCCUUGAAAGUGUCGUACAUCCCGGAUGAGACUGCCGCGCCGGAGGGUCCUUCGGCGGGGGGCAGGAGAGGCUACGUCCCCCGUGGAACUUCUCGUUCCGGCUCGCCAAGUCUGGGCACCCGGCCCAAAAUGCAGUCCGACAUCCCCCUGCGAAUACUGGUUCCCACGCAGUUUGUAGGGGCAAUUAUUGGCAAGGAAGGUGCCACCAUACGCAACAUCACCAAACAGACCCACUCAAAGAUCGACAUCCAUAGGAAGGAAAAUGCAGGUGCAGCAGAGAAGCCCAUAACGAUUCACUCCACCCCUGAAGGUUGUUCGAACGCUUGUACAACAAUCAUGGAGAUCAUGCAGAAGGAAGCCCUCGACACAAAGUUCACCGAGGAGAUCCCGCUGAAGAUACUUGCACACAACAACUUUGUCGGAAGGUUAAUUGGGAAGGAAGGGCGCAAUUUGAAGAAAAUCGAGCAGGACACCGAGACCAAGAUCACAAUCUCAGCUCUGCAGGACCUGACCGUGUACAACCCAGAGCGGACCAUCACAGUGAAGGGCACCAUCGAGGCCUGUGCGAGAGCCGAGGAGGAGCUAAUGAAGAAGAUCAGGGAAUCGUACGAGAGCGACAUGGCUGCUAUGAAUCUCCAGUCCAACCUGAUUCCGGGCUUGAAUCUGAACGCUUUGGGUUUGUUCCCAAGUGGAGCGCCAGGCAUGGGCCCCUCCAUGUCCGGCGUCCCACCUCCGGGAGCCCACGGCGGAUGUUCCUCCUUUGGGAGCAGUCCUUAUGGGGGUGAGGGGCCAUUUUGGGCCUCCACGCUGUCGGCGAGCAGCCAGCCCCUUGCUGGACACCCGGAGUCGGAGACGGUUCACCUGUUCAUCCCUGCGCUCGCGGUCGGCGCCAUUAUUGGAAAACAGGGUCAACACAUCAAACAGCUGUCGCACUUUGCCGGAGCCUCAAUCAAGAUCGCCCCUGCAGAAGAAGUGGGUGCCACACCGCAGAGGAGGGUCACCAUCGCUGGACCGCCAGAGGCUCAGUUUAAGGCUCAGUGUCGCAUCUUUGGCAAACUGAAGGAAGAGAAUUUCUUUGGACCCAAGGAAGAGGUGAAGCUGGAGGCUCACAUCAAGGUUCCUUCCUUUGCUGCUGGACGAGUCAUCGGGAAAGGUGGAAAAACGGUAAACGAGCUGCAGAACCUGACCUGCGCAGAGGUUGUGGUGCCCAGGGACCAGACACCCGAUGAGAAUGACCAGGUCAUAGUCAAGAUCAGUGGACACUUCUUUGCAUGCCAGCUGGCCCAGAGAAAAAUCCAGGAGAUCUUGGCCCAGGUGAAGAGGCAGCAGCAGCCUAAGCCCACAUCUGGAGCCCAGCCUCCACAGCCUCGCAGGAAGUAGAGCUCUGGCGGAUCCGGAGGAAUGGUGACAGAAUCUGCCAGAAGACUCAACAGGUGGACAGAUGCAGCAGAGUCCGGGGGGUGGGGUGGAAGACGAAGGGUUGUAACGGUAAUCUCAGGGGUCAAAGGUUAUCAGAAGCCAAUCAAACAUCCACCCCGCCUUGUCUUGCUUGAUGAACUUUCAGGUGUGGCUAAAAAAAAAAAAAGGGACCCUAUGCCUCUCCACCUCCACCCACCUCACCUCUCUGCAUCUCUGAGAAAGUACUUCUGAGGGCUCCCAACAACGUCACCUGCCCUCACAUGUACGCACCCCUCGACCGUUCUCCCCCCCACGGGUGUGUUGAAAUGUUUAUUUUUUCUUUGGUCCUCUUUUUACACUAGAAUCACAAAGAAGAAAUAAGGAUCCCCCUCCUAUCGCAUCAUUGGUGUGGUACUUCAAACCCGAUCAGAUGUUUUGGUUGACUUCAGAUUUUUUUUUUUUUUUUUUCGUGUUUAAUUGGUUUAAACGUUAUGAGUUUUCUGUGGAAAGGAAAAGGCAUUGCUAUCAAGGUCCUGGUUGGACCAAGAGAGGUUUAUUUUGGGGGAGGGUUGGCUCGGAUUGGGUGGGCCGUGUUUAGGGGAAAGAUUCUUGUUUCAGGACAGGACCCCUGAAAGGGUGGAUUAUAUUGGGCGUCCUGCCCUUGUAAUGAUAGUGGCAUUUUAUAAAUUUGGAUGCAUUUUAUAGAUAGACCUAUAUACAUAGAUGAAUAUAUAUUUAGAGGUGAGGGCAGCGUCAUGACUGACACUUCGGAAAACUGUGCCGAACUGCUGCUGCCCAGGAAAAACCAAUUUAAUAUGCAUUUUACUUAACUACCUCAGGAUCUAGUACCUCAGAAGAGAAAAAAUGAUUAUAUAUAUGAAAAAAUGUUCCUUUCUUUUUUUAUUUUGCUUUUGUGGUAUUUUGUAUACUUUAUAAAGCUGAUAGUCUUUGAACAUUUUUAUUUUUUUAAGAAAAAUUUAAAAUUUGGUCAGCUGCCAACUGACCUUGCCUUCAACUCUGGCGCUUCGGGUGGCUUUGCUCAUGUGUAUGUGUGACUUAAGAUGACCCUGUACAUAAAGUCUAUUAGUCUAUUUGUACAUUGACGCCCCGGAGCAAGAGUUGGCGCCCCUUCAGCUGGCGGCUGACAAGAGUAUCGAGAGAAAAUCGCCUCAGUUUUUCCCCUGAGGGUCCACCAUCUUCUGAAAAAUAAGUACAAAACAUCUAAAGAAAUGCAAAUGCCAACCGUACAUCAUUACAGCAAUGCCAUUUAGUUUUGGGAUUGACAUUGGUAAUGGUACUUUAAUUUGUCGUAAAAAAAAAAAAAUCCUUUUUGCCUUCCCAUGAGGGCCGUGAUCAGGGCAGUGCAGUGUGGGCCGUAAUGGUCUCCUCUCUCGCUGCCCUUCAGUCAGCAGAGCGUAUUUUUUUCCCCUUUUAUUUUUUUUCCCCAUCUGUUCUGUUCCCAGGUCUCCUGCCACCUUAUUCUACACAACGGUGUCUUAGCAAGGUCCAAGCCUGUGCUUCUUUUUUUUUUUUUUUUCAUAGAUACAAGUUGUCAUUUCGGAGUGGCGCUUGCAGCCAGGCCAUUGAGUCAAUGGUAACGUCGUUCACUGCAUGGUGAGGGUAGGGGGGAGUCACACUGAUAGAUGCAUUUUUUAAUUUUAUUUUUUCGCGCUACAAGAAAAAAUGAUUUAAACCAGACAUUGGCGCUAGACCACAAAUAUAUAACUUGAUGUUCCAGUUUGUUGUUCAAAUAGGGAAAGAAUUGCCGGAAAAGGGCACACAGAUUAGUAAAUUAACCCUGAUUUGGGGGGGGGGGGGGGGG